GCUACAGGAAGUUGUACAAGCCUCAACAAAAAAUUUGAUGUGUUCGAACAGCCGAAAAAAAACACCAAAACGAACAAAAUGUCACAAUAUUUCGUCAUAAUAUAUGCGCAAACUGUUUUGACUGGGAAGCAUACGGAUCCGUUGCAGUGCAACAUAUGACCGUGAUGGAGGGUGAGACACUAACCAUGAAGUGUCGCAUUAGAAAUGCCCAAAAGAGCCACGUGGAAUGGAAGAAUCCUGAUGGGCAUGUGAUGUUUUUUAAUGACCAGAAGGCCCUGAAGGACAAGCGCUACAAGAUAAUAAACUUGUCUGAGUCUGAUUUUUCAGUCAGUGUGUCUGAUGUCACCUUCAAAGAUGGAGGCCUCUACACAUGUUUACAGUACAGUCACAAAGUGCCUGUAGUGAAGUGGGUUAAUGUGACAGUUUUGGGUAAGCCAAAAUUGGAGAUAACAGAACACAAUGGAAAGACUGCCAUCAAAUGUUCUGCAGUGGGAAAUGGCCAUCCUCCCAAAAUCUCAUGGCUGUUGGAGAGUGGGUUAGAAAUGUAUGCUCAGCCCCAGUAUCUGUUGGACAAAAACACAUAUUCCUCCCUGGAUAUCUUGCAUGUUCAGUCCCACAAGAGGAGAGUCACAUUGAAAUGCAUCGUUCGCCAUCCAGCCUUACACAAUUCAUCCCUGAUGAAUUUCGUCAAAAUUGGACAGAAUCCCACUGAGGAAUCACACUCCACUGCGAGAGCCUCUCAUUGGCCCAGUACAGAAGGUCCAACAGAGGUAACAACAACAACAACAACAACAGUCUCCCGUUGGCCUAGUACACAGGUGUCAACAGAAACACCAACAGCUACAGCCUUAGAUUGGCCCAAUACAGAGGGAUCACCAGCAUCAACCCCUGACUUACAACUCAGCACUCACAGUUGGUCGUCAGUGUCCCAGACAACAGAGAACACACCUCAUAAUGGCACAGGAAGCAACUCCACCAAUGCUAGAGGAAGCUUAUUCAAUGACACGGAGAAGCAGAGAGGAACUGGAGGAAGUGCGCCAUUGCUCAUCUUCCUUGUGACAUGCCUCAUCCUCGGUCUGCUUGUGGUCGUUUCGCUCUUCGUGAUCAAGCUGAGGAGGGCUCACAUUCUCUGGAAGAAAGAAAAUGAAGACUCGGAUCAAUCUGUGGAGAGCAACAGAUCAAAAUCAAGCAAUGAAGACAAACAAUCUAGAGGAAGAAGGGGCAACGGACUCUUUAACAUCAGAUUCACAAAGUAUGUCGUUGAGGAACCCACGGCAACAGAGACGACGACAACAACAACAAACACCAAAACAGAAGAGGAUCCUGAAAUUCAAGUCAUCCCACAGAUAAAUGGAGCAACCCAAAGCCCUCCGAUCAAGGAGACGGAACUGUAAAAUUUUCCAGUGUGUGUGUAUUUUCAUAUAGAGAAUUUACAUUGAAUUCUAAGUAAUCACCAAAACAAAGAUAGUUUAAGAUAUAGUGUGUAGAUACAAUACAAUUGUACAAUAUUUCCAGAGAAUAAUCCAUAUCCUUAUGUUGUAUAUUCUGUAUAAAUGUAUAUUCUGUAUAUUGAUAAAACAAUGAAAUCAUA